AUGCAGGCGGUUCCAUUGAAGGGAUCCAUGACUAACGAGGUUUAUCAAAUCAAGUGGCCUACGAAUUCUGAUAAAGAAUCGCAGCACCGUAGGAGGGAAGUGCUGGUGAGGAUUUAUGGUAAAGGGGUGGAUGUAUUCCUUUUUAGAGAAAAUGAGAUUCGACCCCAGUCCAUAUGCCUGUGGGAUAGAUUGCGCAAUUGGGUAAAUGAGGCCGAAAGUUUGACUACACCAGAAGAAGCCAAAGCUUUCUGCCUGGAUGUCAUGGAAGAUGAAAUAUCGGCACUUGAAAGUCCAUUAAGAAGGAUUUACCGAUUUACCCACAUAUUGGGGCAUGUCAAUAAAAUUGAUUUUGAACAUGGAGUAUUAAACUGGUUAAGGAAAUCUGAAUUGUUAAAUUCUUCAAGUCCUACCACAAAAUUUAUAGCUGAUGGUAAUACUGCUCAAUAUAUGAUUCUGAUGGCGGUUCCAUUGAAGGGAUCCAUGACUAACGAGGUUUAUCAAAUCAAGUGGCCUACGAAUUCUGAUAAAGAAUCGCAGCAACGUAGGAGGGAAGUGCUGGUGAGGAUUUAUGGUAAAGGGGUGGAUGUAUUCCUUUUUAGAGAAAAUGAGAUUCGGCGGUUUUCUAAUGGCCGUAUAGAAGAGUUCAUUCGUGAUCGGGUGGGAUUUCCUGAAAAAAAUGAAAAAGGCAGCAAUUGGGUAGAUGAGGCCGAAAGUUUGACUACACCAGAAGAAGCCAAAGAUUUCUGCCUGGAUGUCAUGGAAGAUGAAAUAUCAGCACUUGAAAGUCCCUUGAGAAGGAUUUACCCACAUAUUGGUCUGCUGACAGAUUUCUUUCUUUAA